CUUUCCCCCCUAAUAUAACCCUUUUAUUAUUUUGUUUACUCUCAUAGCAAAUCUUCCCUCCUCAAUAUAUUUAUAUGCAUGACAUAAAAUAUCUAAGUUUACAGAGGAAACUCAAGAUGCAUUUUUUAAAAGAUGAAUAUUUUUUUCCUAUCCAAGCUCACAGACUGGCCCCUUAAACCUAUAUAUGGAUCUGAAGUUAAAAACCCUUGAUUUCAGGGGACAUAUAAAUAUAAGACAAAGUCAAGGGUUAAGAUAAAAAAACUGGGAAAUCUGGCCAUGGCUUUUUAAUGGUUUAUUAAUAGAAAGGAAAGGCUAAGAGAUGAGAAAGGAAAUAGAUCAUUCUUUAAGAAAGACUACCCAGCUGUGGAAUCUUCAUUUAGCUGGCAGCAGAGUGGGCCCCUUUUCAGUUCCAAAAUACAGAAGUUGAGAGAGUGCUUUCCUUCUCCUGUUCCCCUUUUUAAGUUCAGCUUACUCCUCCCUCUUCUGCAAGGUUGCACACUGACAGUGGACAUUGGGGACACUAGGCCAGUGUGGGUAUUAUGGGAGAGUGAAGUUAUUUUUUUUUCUCACACACGUCAUCCACCCCAUUUCUCCCAAAUAGCUUAGAGUUUAGUUUUGGAGACAGAACUAGAAUGUACAGUUAGAAAGCAACUGUCAAACUGUUUGAUUCUAUUAUUGCACCAGGAAGCCUAAAGUUGAAAGCUAUCAAUGUGGAUUAAAGUAAUUCUAAAGGAUAUAUGAAACAAGAGGGACUUGGAACAAGCCUUGAAAGACUGGUAGAAAUGAUGCCCUAUGAGAGAAAGGGAAAGUUAAGGAUGCUGGAGCAGAACAAUGGAUUUCUCUUUCUCUUUCAUGCAAGGGAUCAUGGGAAACACAAUUCAGCAACCACCUCAACUCAUUGACUCAGCCAACAUCCGUCAGGAGGAUGCCUUUGAUAACAGCAGUGAUAUUGUUGAAGAUGGCCAGACACCAUAUGAAACUAGCCUACAGCAAGGCUUUCAAUACCCACCUACUACAGAGGAACUUCCUCCAAUUACAAAUGGCUAUCCACCUUCAAUCAGCAUGUAUGAACCUCAAGCCAAAUACCAGACAUAUAGUCAGUAUCCCAAUGGGUCAGCCAAUGGUUUUGGUGCAGUUAGAAACUUUAGCCCCACUGACUAUUACCAUACUGAAAUUUCAAACACAAGACCACAUGAAGUUCUGGAAAAACCUUCCCCUCAACAGCCACCACCUCCUCCUUCGGUACCACAAACUGUGAUUCCAAAGAAGACUGGCUCACCAGAAAUUAAAUUAAAAAUAACCAAAACUAUCCAGAAUGGCAGGGAAUUGUUUGAGUCUUCCCUCUGUGGAGACCUUUUAAAUGAAGUACAGGCAAGUGAGUACGCAAAAUCAAAACAUGAAGGCAGAAAAGAAAAGAGGAAAAAAAGUAACAAGCAUGACUCUUCUAAAUCAGAAGAGCGCAAGUCGCACAAAAUUCCCAAAUUAGAACCAGAGGAGCAAAACAGACCAAAUGAGAGGGUUAAUGUUCUAUCUGAAAAACCAAGAGAAGAUUCUAUGGUAUUAGAGGAAACACCGGUUCAACAGUACCUACCUUCCCUUCCAGCUGAAGUGAGCACUGGUGUGAAGUUCCAAGUUGGUGAUCUCGUCUGGUCUAAAGUGGGAACCUAUCCUUGGUGGCCUUGUAUGGUUUCAAGUGAUCCCCAACUUGAGGUUCAUACCAAAAUUAAUACAAGAGGGGCCCGGGAAUACCAUGUCCAAUUUUUUAGCAACCAGCCAGAGCGAGCAUGGGUCCAUGAAAAGCGGGUACGAGAAUACAAAGGACAUAAACAGUAUGAACAAUUAUUGGCUGAAGCAACUAAACAAGCCAGCAAUCACUCUGAAAAACAAAAGAUUCGAAAACCCCGACCACAGCGUGAGAGGGCCCAGUGGGAUAUUGGCAUUGCCCAUGCAGAAAAAGCUUUGAAGAUGACCCGAGAAGAAAGAAUAGAACAAUAUACUUUCAUCUAUGUUGACAAACAGCCUGAGGAAGUUUUAUCCCAAGCAAAAAAGAGUGCUGCCUCCAAAACAGAAGUGAAAAAGAACCGGAGACCUAAAGCAGUGCUGAACACUCAACCAGAACAGAGCAAUGCAGGGGAGGCAGCCUCCUCACUACCAAGUACUGAGAUACGGAGACACAGCCAGAGACGGCAUACAAGUGUGGAAGAGGAAGAGCCACCCCCUGUUAAAAUAGCAUGGAAAACAGCAGCAGCAAGGAAAUCUUUACCUGCUUCCAUUACAAUGCACAAAGGCAGCCUAGAUCUGCAGAAGUGUAACAUGUCUCCAGUUGUGAAAAUUGAACAAGUAUUUGCUCUUCAGAAUGCUGCGGGAGAUGGGAAAUUCAUUGAUCAGUUUGUUUAUUCAACAAAGGGAGUUGGUAACAAAACGGAAAUAAGUGUCAGGGGACAAGACAAACUAAUCAUUUCUACAACAAACCAGAGAAAUGAAAAAGCAACUCAGAAUGUAUCAUCUCCUGAAACAACAUCUGGGUCUACAGGUUCUGUAGAAAAGAAGCAGCAGAGAAGAUCAAUUAGAACUCGUUCUGAAUCUGAGAAAUCCACUGAGGUUGUGCCAAAGAAGAAGAUCAAAAAGGAGCAGGUUGAAACAGUUCCACAGACUACAGUGAAGACCGGAUUACAGAAAGGUGCCAGCGAGAUUUCAGAUUCCUGUAAACCUCUAAAGAAAAGGAGUCGCGCCUCAACUGAUGUAGAAAUGACUAGUUCAGCGUACAGAGACACAUCUGACUCCGAUUCUAGAGGACUUAAUGAUUUACAAGUUAGCUUUGGAAAGCAACUAGAUAGUCCUUCAGCUGCUGCUGAUGCUGAUGCCUCUGAUGUGCAGUCAGUGGACUCAAGUCUGUCAAGAAGAGGAACUGGAACCAGUAAGAAAGACACUGUGUGUCAGAUCUGUGAAAGCUAUAGUGACUCCCUGGUUGUUUGUGAGGGGGAAUGCUGUAAACACUUUCAUCCAGAUUGCCUGGGACUGUCAUCUCUCCCUGAUGGAAGGUUCCUUUGCACCGAAUGUAAAACUGGGCAUCGUACUUGCUUCUCUUGUAAGAUACCUGGUAAAGAUGUGAAACGUUGCUCUGUCCCUGCCUGUGGUAAAUUUUACCAUGAGGCCUGUGUUCGAAAAUUUGCUACUGCUGUCUUUGAGUCUAGAGGAUUCCGCUGUCCUCAGCACUGCUGUUCUACUUGUUCCAUGGAAAAAGAUAUCCACAAAGCAAGCAAAGCAGGUCGAAUGAUGAGAUGUUUAAGAUGCCCAAUUGCUUAUCAUUCAGGAGAUGGCUGUAUAGCCGCAGGAAGUCGCUGUGUGUCCUCCUAUCUUCUCAUUUGUAGUAACCAUUCCAAGAGGAGCAAUCAUUCUUCAUCCACUAUAAACGUAGGCUUUUGUUUCGUUUGUGCAAGAGGGCUGAUAGUUCAGGAUCAUUCAGACCCCAUGUUCAGUUCAUAUGCCUAUAAGUCCCACUACCUACUGAAUGAAUCAAAUCGUGCUGAGUUGAAAUUACCUAUGAUUCCUUCUUCGUCAGCUUCCAAAAAGAAAUGUGAGAAAGGUGGAAAACUGUUGUGUUGUGAAUCGUGUCCAGCUUCCUUCCACCCGGAAUGCCUCAAUAUAGAGAUGCCAGAGGGCUGUUGGAAUUGUAAUGACUGUAAAGCUGGCAAGAAACUCCAUUACAAGCAGAUUGUUUGGGUCAAGUUGGGAAACUACAGGUGGUGGCCAGCAGAGAUCUGCAAUCCCAGGUCCGUGCCUCUUAACAUCCAAGGCCUUAAACAUGACUUGGGGGACUUUCCUGUGUUCUUCUUUGGUUCUCAUGACUACUAUUGGGUACACCAGGGCAGAGUGUUCCCUUAUGUCGAAGGAGACAAAAGCUUUGCUGAGGGGCAAACUAGUAUUAACAAGACCUUCAAAAAAGCACUUGAGGAAGCAGCAAAACGUUUCCAUGAACUGAAAGCACAAAGAGAAAAUAAAGAAGCCCUGGAGUUGGAAAGAAAUUCAAGAAAACCCCCACCCUACAAGCACAUUAAAGCUAACAAAGUGAUAGGGAAGGUUCAGAUCCAAGUGGCUGACCUGUCCGAGAUCCCUCGCUGUAAUUGCAAGCCUGCUGAUGAAAACCCUUGUGGCCUGGAGUCAGAAUGCUUAAAUCGCAUGUUGCAGUAUGAAUGUCACCCUCAAGUAUGCCCAGCUGGGGACCGGUGCCAGAACCAGUGCUUCACGAAAAGGCUCUAUCCAGAUGCAGAAGUUAUCAAGACAGAGAGACGCGGCUGGGGCCUGCGGACCAAAAGGAGCAUCAAGAAGGGUGAAUUUGUAAAUGAAUAUGUUGGUGAAUUAAUUGAUGAAGAAGAAUGCAGAUUGCGAAUCAAACGUGCUCAUGAGAACAGCAUAACUAAUUUUUAUAUGUUAACAGUUACCAAGGACCGUAUAAUUGAUGCUGGCCCAAAAGGGAAUUACUCUCGCUUUAUGAACCAUAGUUGCAAUCCAAACUGUGAAACUCAAAAGUGGACAGUGAAUGGGGAUAUCCGUGUUGGACUUUUUGCUCUUUGUGAUAUUCCUGCAGGGGUGGAGCUAACAUUUAAUUAUAACCUGGAUUGCCUGGGCAAUGGUAGGACUGAGUGUCACUGUGGAGCAGACAACUGUAGCGGCUUUUUAGGAGUUCGUCCAAAGACGGCAUUUGCGUCAGCAAAUGAAGAAAAAGCAAAAAAUGCUAAGUUGAAGCAGAAGAAACGGAAAAUCAAAACAGAACAGAAGCAGAUGCAUGAGGAUUAUUGUUUUCAGUGUGGAGAUGGAGGAGAGCUGGUCAUGUGUGACAAAAAAGACUGUCCGAAAGCAUACCACCUCCUAUGCCUUAAUCUGACACAGCCACCAUAUGGCAAGUGGGAAUGUCCCUGGCAUCAGUGUGAUACAUGCAGCAAUUCUGCAGUUUCUUUCUGUGAGUUCUGCCCACGUUCAUUUUGUAAAGAUCAUGAGAAAGGGGCUCUGGUGCCCUCUACACUGGAAGGCCGUCUCUGCUGCUCUAAACAUAACCCCAAAUCUCCUGUGGCACCAGAGUACUGGAACAAGAUAAGAUGCAAAUUGGAACCACAAGAUCCUGGAGAUGAAGUGAAGGAAUAAAUUUACAGUGUUUUGUUUUGUUUUUUAAGAAGAAAAAAGGUAAAAGUAAAUAGGUGAUAAAAUUGUUAAGAGAAGAAACUGUCAUAAUGUACUUAGUCUAUCACCUGAGCUGGCUUUGGAAUUAGAAUGGAGGAAUUAUAUGAUACAGGCAGCCAGAGGUAGACAGUGGUGCCUGGAUUUUGAUUCAUUUAUGGUGGGGGGAAGGGGGGAGGGGGGUUAGGAUUAAAUUCUUUGUAUGUUUUCCUUGCCCUUAAAUGUGCUUCUGCAGCUAAAAAACAGAUAUACCUUGGCCUUUAAAAAAGAAAAAUGAAAAAAUGCAUUUAUGUUAGUAAUAGGAAGUUCAAGUUCAAAAUAUGUUGCUGAGUGUAGAAGGGAAAAGUAGUCACCACUCCUUUAUUUUAAUUUUAAGAAAUCUUGAGAAAUGUGAGUUAGUUAAAUCAGUGUGUUUAAAGAAAAAGGGGGGAGAGGAGGAACUCGACUCUAUUUCUGGAAUACUCCAGAAAAGGGUAUAAUUACCUUUACAUACACUUUUAUGAAACAUUAAUUUAGGCUAAUGCCUUGUGACCCUUCAGACCUCUGGUGGUCUUAGAAGAGGGAGUGGUCAAUCUGGCUAUACCCAAAAUGCCUCUUUCUGUUGAGUGUACCUCUCUGGGCUCUGACAUAGUAGGAUUAUUAAAGUUAUUGAUCUGGAUGUAAUACUUUAUUUUUUAAAAACCACAGGAUGAUUCUACUCACUUUUUUUGUUGAUGCUAAUUUUUUACAAAUGACAUUUGUCUGUGGGUAUAAAGAGGCAGGAAGAACAGCUGUCCUUUUACCAAAUUGCCACACUGUUGUAGGGCAUUAAAAGAUGAGAUGCAGCCAACCCAAAGCCUUCUACUAGGGCCAUCAUCUCUACUGUAUGCAGAUGAUGAGCUGUUCUAGAGAGGAAUGAUGGGCUUUUUCCUUUUCCUUUUCCUUUUAGCCCUUUCCUCACCUUAACUAAAAUAUUCCCUUUGUUAGCUUGACUAGUCCAGCCAUGUUUCUUGGUAGAAAAUACACAGAUGUACUUUGAAUUGUAUUUAAGUAACUCUUCUUAGUUGUGUUGGAACGAAUUUAAAAGGGUAUAUUUAAGCAGUUUUCAUUGUUAUCUUAGUACUUAACAUUGCCCCCACUGUUAGGAAACAAACAGCACUUCUAAUUCCACAGGGUAUGAAACAAUAACAUAAAUGCACUUGAUCUUUACAGAUCAUCUGGGGAAAGCUCCCAGGAAAGUCAGUGUUAACAAAAGUUGUUGGCUGUGAUUUAUAUAAACAGUUGCUAGUAUACCAAGAUAUCUAUCUUACUCAUGGAAUUCAUUAAUUUUUAGGCUACUAGGAAUAUGUAUCCCAAUUUUCUCUAUAAAGAAACAACUAAAUAAAUAGCACAAGACAUGGUAGUAUCAUUGUUUUAAGUGUCUUGUGUUAAUUUCUUCAGAGUUUUGGCUGAGUAGCAAGAACUACAAAGAUCCACCUCAUCCCUUCCAUACUUGGGCAAUUGUACUAUUGUACAUAUUACCUUUUCUGUAUCAGUUUAGAGCACUCUUUACUGAAACAAAAUUAAAAAUAAGAAGGAAAAUGCAGUUUUGUGUCUCUUGUGUGCGUACAUGUGUACGUGGACACCUGCAUGUGUACUGGAUUUUAUCUUUUGAAAAUAGAACACUAUGAUUACCUUAAGCACUCAAAUUACCAACUCCCCAAAAGGACUUACUGGUCCUAUAAUUGAUUUGCUUUUUGGUUAAGGGAAUUAAUUACUCUAAUAAAACUCAAUUCCCUGAGUAUUGCCACAGUUGCAAGAGCUAAGUGGAAAAUGCUUUCUUUGUCACUGGUUGUAGUCACUACUAACAUAAAUGGCAGCUUACCAAAAUACACUAAAUUUUGCUUUGUAGCAUUUAUGCAUUUUGAUAUCCUUUAACAUUAUUUCAUAAUAUUUAGGUUUUGACAUACUUUUAAUUUUGUAUAUGUAUGUGAUAUAUUUGCAUUUUUAAAAGGUUAUAAAUAUGGAAGGUUUCAUUUAGUAUUCCAAACAUAACUCUUCUUUUGCAACAGCAUCCAACAGGAAAUCUAAUGUUUAUUUUGUAUAAUAAUGUGUUUGGCUUUAGUACUAUUUAGUAAUAUUUUAUUGAAUUUUACAUGGUAAGCCAGGAUGUGCUGAACACUGCAAAAGACUUGGUUCCUUGAUAGUAUCCCAUUGUUGGUUUGUUUCUCUCUUUGAGUAGCAGAGCUGUACUAAGAUUUCUUUGUUGGCAUAAUUAAUGGAAAAGCAUAGGCUAUUAUUUUAGACAGCUUAGCACAACAGAAACAUAGCAUCUUUUUUUUAUUGAGCACACCUGAAUGUUUAAAUAGGUUUUCAGAAAGGAGUUUGAUUCUUUUUUAGUGUCAGUGCCAAGGGGAGGUCUCCUUUUUUCCUGGUCAUACCUUUUUUAAUGCAUCUUUAAUGUGUGAGGUUAUAGAGAAGGUAAAAGAGUUGUACAAGUAAGUAUAUACUUGUACCCAGACUAUUCAGUAAAAUGUUUUGAGUGCCUUGAGGGUCACUUUCAAAUCAGUAGUCAGUGGUAUAAAUUUUGUUAUGGUGGUUCCAUUUCACAAGAAACAAACAAGGCAAAACCUCUUAAGUUCUAGCAUUUGCUCUAUAUUUUCUGCUUUACCUCAUGCUAAUAAUUUUGAAGGAAGAUAUAAUUUUUGACUGUUAGCAUGAAACUCACAUCUGAAUCAGUUGGGGUUGAAGGUAAAAUAAUGAGAACCUUCCCCAGGACAAUAUGAAGUGGCAUGGAAUGAAUGGAAAGGACUUGAACCAGUUUCAGGGAGCCAAAGAGCUGGUUGUCAAGUCUGACUCACAGUAAUAGUUGGUUAAUGUGAGGAUAAAUAUUCAUUCUUGGCACUCGUGCUAGUGCAGCUGUGCAAAGCAGAGAAGUGAACUUUGUGGCUCUGUAAACUCUGAAAAAGAUGGGGCUAUAGGAGUGGGAGGUGACAUUUUUUUAAAGCAUGUUGUCAGUUUAUCUUGAAUAUGCAUCUGAGUUUUUAAGGAAAUGAUCUGGUUUGAGUUUUGAAGCUGAACUCCAAGAUCAUUCAUGUAAAGAUUGGUGUGUGAGCACCUUUGAGAGGAUAUGUAACCAAACCCCCCAAAAAAGAUAGUAUGCACAUCUUCCCUCAGUCUUUUCACCCUUGUCUCCACAGAGAAGGAAGUUAUCAGAGUGUUCCCAUAAAUACUGACCUAUAGCUAAAGCUACUCAGAAAUUGGAACUUCAAGCAUUCUUAACCACCCAGAGGACUGUGAAAAGUAGGGUGCUUGAAUGCUCAACAAUUUUACAUCCUGUAGUUUCUUGCACUGUUCAGACCACAGUCAAACUUGUUUCCAAAUGCCCUGGUCUGAAGUUUGUACAACAGAAGUUGUUAUCUAUAAAGUAAUGUAAUCUCUAUGCUGCUUAAUGCAGAGGUCAGUUAUCUACAAAAACAAAACCUUUUCUUUGCACUUUUAAAACUAGCAUUGCUACCACAUAUCAUUCUAAUGGGGAACAAAAACAAGAGAAUUCAAAUGAGCUAAUUCUUACCAUUUGAGAAGUUCUUGAAAACUUAUAUUUUCAUUAAGGGUUUUUAUCAGAUGGCUAGUAUGAACAGAUUUGCCUCCUCUUGUCCAGUUGAAUUACUUCUUAUUCUAUUAUUUGGUCUGAGUAUCCCCCAAAUACAUAAGAACUGAGGCUAUUAAGAGAUCAGGUAAGAUAUUUUCCUUUAUCUUAACCACCCCAAAGAAGAUCAUUGAUCUUUUUGAAACAAAACAAAGUGAAACUGGCUUCUGUUUUUAGGUGGAAUAGGAAAUAGGCACAUUUUUCUAUAAAUUGGCAGAUAUUAAAAAGGAUUCAAAAUUUGUUUAUACUGAAACUUUGCAAGAAAGCUAUUAUCUGGCAAGGUAUAGGGGCGGGAGGUGAAACAAGGUAAGGGAGAUGAUGUUUACUACAGGUACGAAGUAGUCACUUUAACAUUGAGACCUCUGCCUCAUCAAAUUCAGGUUUUUUAAUGUAAGUACUUGAAACUCUUCAAAUGCUUAUUUUACAACUUUUUUUAUUUAUAAAGUAGAAAGCAUUGUUUUGUAUACUGCAUUGAGAAUUAGGAGCCACGUCUCUUUAUCCUUCUUAACUUCGGUGAACUUAUGGGUAGUAUAAGUGGGAUUUUCAAAGCAGAUGUCCUUAUUUUAUGUAUGCACUUAAGAAGAGACUACUACAUAAGACACCAGCAACAUUUUAUUAAUAUUCCCUAUGUCUGUUCUUUAUUUUCAUCAUUGUAUCAAUCUUCUCUGUUCCUCCCUUUCCCUGUAAAGUGUUUGUGUAGCAAAAAAUGUUUAUACUUACAUUACACUCCUAAAAUGCUGGAUGUAUCAGUUGUAUGUUUCAGAACCUUAUUUCCGUUUUCUAUCAUAGUCCAUUACAGAGUGACAAACUUGGGUGCUUGAGAUAUGUUUGUGUUUAAAGGAAGGGUGAAAGAGAAUUUUGGUGAACUAUAGUGGCCUCUAUAAUGAAGAUCCUUAAAAUCAUUCCCACAUAAGCAAAAGUAAGAUAAAAUAAUGUCUUAAUUGCCAAAGCCAUUCACACAAUCUUUCAUGUUUUCAUAUGUUUUUUAUUGAAUAAACCUGUUCUUUGGAGUGGGAGUGCCCACCAUUUCUAAAGUUCCUUCCUGGAAAGAAAGACUGUUAUUAGGGUCCUUUUGGAGCAUAGGUCAGGUGGCCUUGCACUGGACCUUUAUAAGGACUUUUUUUUUAAGAGUUUAGAAAUGGACUUGAAUGAUAUUUUCUUUGAUUGUCAUUGAUCUUAAUUGGUAUUUCUCAUUUGUAGUGUCAUUUUCAUAUAAAAAUUAUAUUGCCACUGAUAACCAAGAUGAUGAUGAUUACAGCUGGCUAGUAAUGAGAUUUUGCAUAAGGAUGUACGUAUAUUUGGGAUUGGUGUGAGAAUUUAAGCCCUUUUGUACCCAUAUUGAAUGAUGUUGCACAAUAAACACAGAUACCUAAACAACUCCAUUUUCAUUUCCAUGUGAUCUUUCUCUGUAAUAAUGAUCUUUGUAGAUUUGUUUUCUGUAGACUUUAUCUGUAACAAAUUUUGUAGAUUCUGUGAAAAUGUUCUUUUAAUGAAAUCACUUGAGUCUUUAAUAGGAAACCAUCAAUAUUCCCUAAAGUCAAUCUCUUUCACAUGAGUUUCUGUGACUUGGAUGGAAACUCUUAACACUAAUAAAUUAGUGUUAUCUUUCCUUGGGGAUGUUCCACUGGGGCAUUACUGUAUUAUGACAUGACUUGAUGUUGCCCCAUUGACUUUGAGAUAUACAAUAUUUGGGGGGGGUUGUUUGGCCUAUGUUCUAUUGCAUAGUGUGAAACAUGUAAAGCUUGGUUAAACUGUAUAUAGAUAGCUUACCGACUAGUGUAUUUAGAGUUGCCUGUAAUAUUUAAUCUUCCUUCUGAAUUGAAUGUGUUUGAUGGUAGGAACAUAUAAUUUUUGUACAUUAUAUUUACUGAGAUGUUGCCUUUUUUAUUUUACAAAUACUUUGGAAUUCAGAUGUUUUUUGCUUCUGUGAGGAUUCAUUUGGAAAGGUUUUUAAUGACAUUCCACGGAUUACAGAUUUUGCUUGAAAUUGACUUCAAUAAAUUGUUCUGAAUGUUCCAAGUUAA